CAUGCAAUCAAGUUGGGUUGCUUGGGCAUGCUGGUCGCGAAAACAACGCCAUAAACGCGGGGGCGCGUAACCCUGCAUGACGCCUUGCCCAGCACCUACACUUAUGGUCUCUGCUCCCUUCGCAUAUUACCAAUUCACUAGCGCAUGACUGAGACGCCUGGCCUCGCCCUGCGAUGUCGCAGCCACCCUUAAGUCCUGCUGUCACACUGAUAUGCCCCGGCAAAAGCCCCCGGCCAGGCUCCAUCCGUGGGCUUCAUCUGUCCCCACGGUUCGCAGUCGCCACGUCCUGGCCAAGCUCCCCCCGUUCGACGCCACCACCUUCUUAAAGCUCCACCAUUUCCUUACAACUAACAAGUUUCCGCUCUCCGGUGACCAAGCCAGCGUGCGAUUGUACUUCAGCGUCCUGCGGAACUCGACCGAAUCCCUGAUCCGACUCGCGAUUCCGCAGUUUAACACGCUGGGACUACGUCACUAACAUUUGCGUACUGCAAACUUAAAUUACGAAACGUGUCACUCUCAGAUUGUCGCAAAUGCUGGCGCAAAUGUGUCGGCCGAUAGCGCAUUGCCGAAUCGAUUUGUGCCCGCUAGGAUAUUGGAAUACAUAAAAAUUGGAGGGAGAUGCUGUUGCCAGGGCCGGCCUGCGUGCCCUCGCUGGUGCUGGGAGUCGCACUGGGCGCAAUUUUCUGCAGCCGGAGCGACACCUGGCGGCUCAUCAGUGACAAGAUCUAUUAUGGAACAUAUUCCAAGCGUGGACGCCUGGUGUCGCAAGAACCUGCACUGCCGCUCACGGCGACCCAAUGCAGAUGGCUUACACAGAACUUGCUGUUGAAGCUAGUGUUACUUACGGUCACGUAUUACCAGCUAUACAGUGUCGCCACCACAGCGCACCCACGCACAGCGCUCAUAUACCUUAUACUGGCUGUGACUGGCUGCCUGGUGAAGGCCAUGAUGCAUGGCGCCAGCCUCGCACUUCUGGCUCAGGACGGGAGGAGCUACUUGCGAAUGGCGCCGGAGCUGCACCCGCGCGUGACCGUCGUUAACACUCUAGCUGUGCUGGCUUGCCAUGCAUCCGGGCUUCUGCCGGUACAGUUUCAGGUGCAAACGAUAGCAACGGGACUGCAGCUCAUACUGCAGCAGGACUCCAAGGACUUGUUCCUGGUGCAGCUGGGACUGAGCUGCAUGAUCUUCUCCACAGCACACGCGACGCAGCCGUACGUGAACCGCUUUGGCAAGGGCUGCGGCAGCCGCAUGGCGCUGGCGGCCUUCUCCGCGGCGGCCUCCAAGCUGGGCGCCAGUGGCGGGGCCCUGGAGGCGGCGGUGGGCCUGUCGGGCAUUUCGUCGGCAGCGGCCUCAGCGGCGGGACCGGACGUGUGCGCGUCGGCGCCAGCGGCAUAUGAUGCGCACAGUAUCACGGGUACCAUGCACAUGACCACUUUCCUGGGCAUCUGCGUUGGAAUCACAUUCAUGUACAACGUGUUCUGCAAAUCGUUCAUCCUGCCCACGCCGCUGCCCCCGGAGCGCGGUAGUGCCGCCGCGGUGCCGCCGUCGCACAUGCUGCUUACCACCACCAGCUCGGGCCUGCCCUCAGCGGCGCCGUCCAUUGGGGGCAAGGCCUUGGCCGGUGUGCGCGGCUCCGUGGACGUCGCGGACAGCUCCAGUGCCUCCCUGCACAGCGCGGCGUCGCUGCUGCCGUGGCUGCGCGGGCCGCGGCGCGGGCCGGCGGGUAGCGUGCUGGCAAGCGUGGUGUCCACGGACCUGGCGUCCGCACAUGGCUCGAUAUCGGAAUCCACCACGACCGGCAUGGGGCCGGCCGAGAAGCUGGCGGCAGCUGGGGCCGGCGGAGGCGCAGCUGGUUCGGGGCUGCUGGCGCAGUCGAUGUCGGAGCUGCGUGCGUUGCACCCCGCAGCGCGGUCGUACAUCCUCAAGGUGGCGCUGUCUCGGCUGUCGGCGGCGGCGUGCGGCCUCAUGUACAGCAGCAUAGUGGUGCUGGACCUGCUGGCGGGCGCGCCGCUGACCAGCCGCCUGGUGUCGGUGGCCACCGGCGUGGGCGUGGUCGCAGUGAACCUGUACCAGGUGUGGGUCAUGCUGCGGCACUCGGCGCAGUACUUGCAGCGAGCCGACGCCUACAACAGGUGGACGUGGCUCAUCUCCGUUUUCUGCAUCAUCGGGCCCCACUGCGAGCCAUGGGUGGCGCUUCAGGACCCGGAGGCCAUGGCUUCGGGCAGUAUGUUCACGUCGCUGCACGCGUUCGUGCAGGACGAGACCAGCGGCGUGUACUUCCUGCAGCAGUCCUUCCUGUUCGUAUUCACCGUGCUGCAGACGAUGCUGUUCACGCACCGGGGGUCCCCGACACGAACGUUGGAGCAGCUGCGCGACAUCGCCAUCUACGCGACCAUCUGCUACGUGUCGUGGGUGGCGCACGCGGUCAACCACCAAUUUCGCAUCUACAGCCGCCAACCGUCUGCCGGUCGAUCCCAUCGCCCCGCGCGUGUGAGCGGCAGCAGUGGCGCCGUGGAGCGCGCCAGCGGCGACCGCGAGUGGCGAGGUAGCCACGCCAGCCACUCCUCCUCCAGCGUCACCGAGCACGGCGGCGGCGCCGCGCUAUCUGCGCAGCUCAAGCAGAUGGCGGCGGCCCAGGCGCACGCACCGCAUGUGCCGGGCUCAGGACCAGGGACAGGAAGCAAGGCGGCAGCUGCAGCUGCGGGGGCUGUCACACCGGGCUCGCCCAUUGCCAAGGGGGUCUUCACGCCGCCGGAUGCUUCCUCCCACAGCCUGGGCAAGCUGUUGCCGAGCGGGCUGCCGCAGGUGGCGGAGCAGACGCAAAUGCACGUGCGCGUGUCGCCGCUGCACCACCCGCGGCGGAGGCUACACCACCACCCACCCAAGCGCCAGGCCAGCGCGCCCAGCAUGCAUGCCGGCGGCCCUCCGGGGCCGGGUAUGGUGUCAGGCAGCAGGCAUGUGCCGUCGCCUCUUUCUGGAGGUCACCUGCCGCAGGUCAAGGCGCAGCAGCAGCUAUUGCCGGGCGAUGGUGAGGUUGAGGCUCAGCCCAUGCAGGACCUGAUGCCGCUGCCGCCCCUGCCGACGCUUACGGAAUCCGCUGAGACGGUGCCCUCGCGCGGCGCGACUUCAACCACUGCCGUGGGUGGUGUGGCCGCGCUUGGCGCUGUCGCCGGCGUUGUGCCGUCUGUCCCAGGGCAGGAACCGCAGCAGCUUGGGUUGCCGCUAACGCCGCGGGCAGCCUUGAGGCAGUCCGGAUCCAUCACGUCAGGCGCCCUGCCGCCCGCCAAGGACAGCCCCGCCCGGCACAUGAGCAUCCGCGCCGCCGGGUUGCGCGAGGGCCCUCUGCGCCGCCGCAUGCAGUCGGGCGGCAUGUCCAGCAGCGGCACGCCCACCGACCCGCUGCGCUCGCCGCCGCUCACCGGCCCCGGCAUGUCAGGCAGCAGCAACCUGCUGCCCUCCUGGUCCCAGUCGCAGGCCGACCUGACGGCGCUGGCAGCGAGCGCCAUGCAGACGGCGCCGCACUUCACGGGCGCCGAGCAGAGCGAGGCGGUGGCCGCGGACAUGGUGGGCCGCCUGCAUGCGUCCCUCCUGUGGCCGCCCGGCGGCAGCGACCGCGCAGUGCCCAUGUUUGCGUCGGGCUCCUUCGCCCCCGCGCCCAGCGCCGCCACGGCUGCGGCGCUGGGCGGCCUGAAUGCGAGGAGCUGCAACUUGACGCCGGAGGGGAUUUCCGGGCGCAGCCUGCUGGCGGGCGUGCGCGGCGCCAGCGGUAGCGUGUCUUACGCGGCGCGCCUCACCUUCGCAACCAUGGCGCGCUCUACCGGAGGACUGGACAGCCUGGACGACGAGGAGGACGAGGAGGGCACGGGCCGGCCGAGCCGCUUCGCCGUCAGCCGCAGCGGCACCGCCGGCGAGCCCGCACUGGCGCUGCGCAAGCUCCGCUCGCUCUCAGCCCACGGCGACCAGGCCGGCAGCGGCACGAGCGACGGCGGGCUGGGCCACGCGACGGGCGCGCUGCCACCGGGCGCUUACGUGCCGCUGCCGCCGGUGCAUUCUUUGCCGGAGCGGCAGCCGCCAUGGCGCGGCCAUAGCGGCCUGGACGGCGUGCUCGCGGCUCCUGGCAGCGGCGGCUCCAGCGCUAUCGGUAUGGGCGGUCUGGAGGAGGUGGUGGCGGCGCUCUGGUCCCCAGAGUCCGCGGGCGCGACGCUGCAAACGGGCCUGCGGCGGCCGCCGCCCCGCGCCGCCGCAUCUGGGGAUUUGUACGUGGUGCCAGAUGAUAGCAACCUGCCGGCAACGUCAACGGGGCCCGAGGUCUCGCGCGGGCAUCGCGCGGGCUCCGCCUUGGCGCCCGCGGCUGACUUGCAUGACGUGAGCGGCGUGGCGGUAGAGGCGCUGGACGCGGCGGGGUGUGGGGAGCACAGCGGCCAGGUCCACAUGUCCUUGGAGGCGUGGGCGGGCUUCGGAGGCGACGUGGGUGCGGUGGGCGCUGCAGCAGCGGGCGCGCUGGGCGUUUCAGGCGGCGCUCGGACGUCGCAGCUGGGCGCGGAGGAGGUGAGCGUGAAGGGACACAGUCGGACCUCGUUUGAACUGGCUGUCGUGCCGGGUAGGGCGGCUGCGGCGGCGGCUGUGGCGGCGGCGGUGGAGGGCCAUGCGGCGGCGGCAGCGGCGGCAGCAAGCAGCAGCCCGUUCACACCUACCCAGCUGCUGCCUAGCUUGUCGCCUCCAGACACCGACAGCCCCGCACGCCUGGGCGCAGCUGCCCGUGCACGUGCACGGAUUGAGGUGGCGCCGUUGCCGGCCAGUGCGGCCGCGGCGGCGGCGGCCAGCGCUGGGGUAACUAGCAGCUCGCUUCCCAGCGACGUAACCCCUGCUACACAUGUGCCUUCCACUGGCGGCGGCACAUCCAGCACGACGGCGCCGCUGCCUUCGCCGUCCAGCCGCUCGGUGACUUCCCUGUCGCUGGGCACGCCACGCCUGGGCGCCCGGGACGGCAGUGCAAGUGGCAUGACACAUCGGGGUGGCAGUGGCACAGGCAUGCAGCCGCCAGGCAGCAGCGGCAACACCCUCGGCAUGGCGGCGGGCGCGCUGCGCGCCUUUGGGCACCAGCUGCGCCAGCUCACCUCCACGCCCGCCAGCCGCACCUCCAUGUCCGGCAAGGAGCUGUCCGCGCAGAGCGGCGGUGCGUCCAUCAGCGGCACAGACGCGGAGGCAACAGUGGCGUGUGGAAGUGGCGGGUCAGCCCCAACACAUGCGUCCGGACCGGCAGCGGCUAGGAUGGCUGCCGCCUCGGCUGUGGCGAGCUUGGGCCAUCGCGCUGCAAGCGGCCUUAAUGCAGCCUUCGGCAGCAGCCCGCGGGGGUCGCACACGGGCUUCGCAGCCGUGAUGCCCGCUGCGGCGUCGGCGGAUUGCCGACCAGAGGUGUCGCCGGACCUGAUGUCUGCGAGCGACGACUUCAUGCCGCGCGACUUGGUGUUUGGCGUCAUCUACUCGCUGCAGCACGCGGCGGACGCCGUGCACCUGUGGCGCGCCUUCGCGGUGCCUGUGAGCGGCACCUGGCUGGCGGCGGCGCUGUUGUACGUGACCACGCUGGCGGCGGGGGUGUACUACCUGGUGGGGCUGAAGCAGCGGCGGGCCUGGACCACCGACCACAGGUGCCGCACCUUCUUCUGGUCCGGCCGCCUGACCGCGCUGCAUGCCGUUCGGUCGACGCUGUACACAGUUGCCGGCAUGGAGGUCCCGAGCCUGUUGGGUCGCGCCAUUGUGUCGUCGACUGCGUUCGGGCUGCUGGGCCUGCCGGCGGAGACCUUCCUGCGCUUCAUGCCCAUCAAGAUCGUGAUUGUGUACGCGCUCAGCUGCGUCAAGGACCCGGCGCGCCUGGCUCUCAGCCGGCUUCUGGUGGCGUUGGGCACCUACAUCACCUCCGCCACAUUGGCCUACACCGCCGCCGCCGCCGCCGUCUCGCGCGCGCCGCUGCGGCACCACCAGCACGCCGCCAUCCACUGCCGCAUCGACGCCGCGGCCGCCAACGCGGCCCUGGAGAAAAAGCUGGCCAGUCGGCAGGCCGCGCGCGCCGCCCGGGCCGCUGCCGCCAGCGAUGCGGAGGGCGAUGACGACGAUGACGACGACGACGAUGUGGACGAGGUUGAUGAGUUGUUGCGGACGGCGUGCGAUAGCAGCGAUGAGGGCAUGGACGCGGAUGAGGAGGAGGAUGACGACUUCCGGGAGGUGCUCAUGCGGCGGCGCAUGCGCAGCGCGUGCGGCGGGCUGGCGGUGGAGGACAUUGGAGUGCCAGACCAAGCAUCGCGCAACAAUCUUUCACAAACGGCGGGGAAGGCUAUCAUGCCGAACCCGCUGCGGUGCUACUGGAACUCCUUCUGUGCGGACGGCAACAAGGUGGCCAUUGUGAUAUUCCUGGUGCUGUCAGCGCUGUUCAUGGGCGUCACGGAGCUGCUGCGCCGGGCCGGCGGCGGCGCGGGCGAGCGCACGGCCGGCUACGAGCCCGACCCCUACCACGUCAUGGAGCUGUGGGUCAUCCGCGGCGCCGAGGCGGCGGUGGCGGGGCUGGCGGCGCGGCUGAGUGCGGCCGAGGGCGCGGCGGGGCUGCCGCAGACGGCGCUGGCUAUGGGGCUGUUCCUGUUGGGGCUGGCGGUGGUCGCCGUCAGCCAGGUCAUCUCUCUGGCCUUCACCGCCAGCAUGGACCCGCGGCAGGGCGCCUACGCGGCGGCGCUGACGGACCUGGCCGCCAGCAUCAGCGCGCUGCAGCUGGAGGACACGGCGCGACACGCCGUCACCGGCACCGUGGACCGCUGCAUGAGCGAGGUGCUGUCAUCGUGCUCGGCUCUGUUCGUGAUGGUGGAGCCGCACGCCACACGCGGCAACACGCUGGAGGGCAUGACCUCGCCGCACCGCGGCCGCGGCCCGACGGACAGCGACCGAGGCGGUGGCGCCGGCGCGUUUGCAGCCCACGCGGGCCACUGGGACUCUUUGGUGACGGUGUACGUGCUGCAUGACCAGCUGCUGGGGGCAGAUCUGCCGCCCUACAAACUGUCGCUGGACCAGCUGCCGAGUGUGCGUGCGGUACUGGAGCGGGGCGCGCCCAUGUUCCUGAACGACACCAAUAAGGCCAGCGCCGAGCUCAUGGACAGGUUCGUGGACUGGCGCAGCGCGCGCGACGUGGAGGGCGCCCGCAGCGUGUGCUGCGUGCCGGUGUCCUUCAGCGGGCAGGCGCAGGGCGCGAUGGUGCUGCAUGCGCCGCUGCCCAACGUCAUGGACUCUGUGUUUGUGGGCAUGCUGCAGGCGCUCGCGGCGCAACUGGGGCAGGUGAUGUACCUGAAGCGGGCGCUGGAGGACGUGCGCGCGGACGAGCACCUGCUCAGCGACCUCAUGCCCUCACACGUGGCUCACACGUUGAAGCGGCGCUUCAUGUCCACGUAUGAGGACGCGAUGACACUGCCGCGCUUCCCCGGCAUGAACCGCAUGGCCACGCCCGCCGCGCCCUUCUCCACGCCCGCCGGCUCCCUGCCGCUGCCCACCGACCCCGCCGCCGGCGGUAUCCCCACCGCCCACCUAGACGCCUCCACCUCGCAGCUGCACCAAGCGGGCCUGGCGGACCUGGCCAGUGGCUUGCCGUCCCUGACUGGGCCGGCUGGCGGCUUCACUGGCCAGCUGGGGAGCGGCGGCGGCGGCACGGCCAGCGUUGGGGUGCGGCCGCCGGGCGGCGGGCUGGCCGUGGACGUGGGCGCAGCCGGCCCCGCAGCGCUGGGCGCGGCGCCCGGCGGUGGUGGCUAUGGUGGUGGCUACGGGGGCGGCGUGGGUGGCGUGGGCCGGACCACCAGCGGCAUCCCCCUGAUGGGCAUGACGCGGCGCGGCGGCGCCAGCCUGAUGGGCGCUGCGCAGCUGCAGCUGCAGCACCAGCAGCAGUCGCUCAUGAACAGCGGCAGCGCGAGGUCCAUGGCCGCCGCAUCGGACGUGGGCGGAGGCGGAGGAGGCGGCGGCGGCGGUGGCUUCCAGGACCCGGCGGGCGGUGGCGGCGGCGGCGGGCGCGCGCUGCAGGCGAGCGCCAGCGGCUACAUGGUGUCUCCGGGCAUGGGCGACGUGCCGCGCGGGCUGCCGGCCGCCUACAGCCAGUGGCACAGCGGCGUCACGGUGCUGUUCGCGGACAUUGUCCAGUUCACGCCCAUGAGCCAACUGCUGGAGCCGCACCAGGUCAUGAUCAUGCUGCAUGAGCUCUUCAGCCGAUAUGACGCGAUGCUGGAGAAGCAUCAUGUGUACAAGGUCGAGACCAUUGGAGAUUGCUACAUGGCAGCCACGGGAUUGCUGGCGGAGGACCCCGACCACUCCGCGCACAUGAUGGACUUUGCGACGGGCAUGCUAGCCGCCGCCUCCACCGUGCUGGUCCCGCUGGUGGGACACGGCACCGUGCGCAUCCGCAUCGGCAUGAACUCGGGCACUGUGAUGAGCGGCGUGGUGGGCUCGGUGCGGGCACGCUACUGCCUGUUUGGCGACACCGUCAACACAGCCAGCCGCAUGGAGAGCACGGGCGUGGCGGGCGCCAUCCAGGCCAGUGAGACAAGUUACAACCUGCUGCCGCCGGAGAAGCGCGCGGGAUGGCAGUUUCGCGGCAGCAUCGAGGUCAAGGGCAAAGGCCCGAUGAACACCUUCCUCUACAUCCCGAGCGAGGACGUGGAGGGGUCUGCCGCGGGCCCGGCUGCGGCGAUGCCGGCCGUGGGUCCGUCAGGGCCUCUCGCAACUGUCUACGGCGCCUAGAUGCCGCCGGAGCGAUGCCUUAGCCGCUUUUGAGCAGUAUGACAGCCCCUAUAUAACAGCAUCAAGGAACAACGGUCCGUCGUGCCCGUGUCUCAAGGUUGGAACUGUAAGGUGCGUCAGUCCGCACAUUGUUCUUCAGCGGGCGUGGCGUUCGGGCAGAUGCUUGCUAUGAGACAAAUUGGGGAGCGUGUGUAGCAUGCCAGGAGAAGAUGAACUCGGCGCUGAAUGUCAGUGGCGACCGAGGCUGUAUAGUAUUGUCGCUGUCGCCCCAGGAUUAGGGAGCGACUACUGAGGCACGCAGAACGCACGCGACUGAGAGUCAGUACGAACGAGGCAUUGACGUAGUGUCGUCCCGUGUGGGCCUUCACCACAAUACGCUGCCGAGUAACGGGAGCUGAGCACUUUCGGAUGCAAUCGUGACCUGGUGUGGGUGGGGCGGGUGGGUGGGAAGGAACCGACAAGCGUGCUUGUGCAUUUGAUUUCAGAAUUCACAACUUAUCCUCGUUGCGGUGGCGAAAUGCAAACAUGUGUUGUGGCUCGAGGCUGUGGCGAAUGGCUGUGAGUCAGCAAGGUGCGGCUUAAAAUACGACGAGCUGCACGACGAGGCUACUGCUAGUCAACUCGCAUGUGCGGCGACGCGUUCCAGUAAAUAACAUGAAGUCGGAUGCUCCGAUGCUGUCGUGGCAGUUGGAUCCAUGCCGCGUGGGUGGCAUGGAGGGCGCUAAGCUAUUGCUGCUUAGGGCUCGUGGGACAUUCAAACGGCUUUUGAUGUUAUGCCGUACAGGUGUGCCUGUGUUUAUGAAGUCAGGAUCGUAAUAUUGCGCGCGUGGAUGGUCCGUGUUGGAAGGAGAGCGGCGCCAAACAGGAUGGCUGCGCGCGCGUUUUUGGCUACCUUGCGCACCAGUAGUAGACUGGGGAGCCAUUCUGCGCGAUGGCGGGACACAUUGGGGGGGAGGCUCAACCAAUGAAGUGGGUGAUGAUGCUGGGUGCAUGUCCAGCAGGCAGGGCCCUGUCAAGGACGAGGCAGGAAGAGGAAAGGUUUUACGGACUGGAUGCGACGAGGAUUGCAUUCUGUGCAGCAUUCACAUGCACAGCGACACCGACCCUUCCAGCCAGUAGAUUUGCUGGUGCAACUGGAUAGGCCUCCAGCGGUCCUUGGUUCUAAGCGAAGACUCCACGGUUGCGUGUGGCGGUGUGGGCACAGGUGGGCCGUGCGUGCCAGACGGCCUGUGUUGGUUGAGCCGUUGACUCUGUGCGUGUAUGCGCGAGACGUGGCUGCAUGCACGUGGCUGCAAUGGUGAUCGCGAUGAGAGGACAAGGAA